UCUCAACCACGCAGGGGAGCAAUUAGACAGGUACCGUUUCUAUAAAUAUCUCAAGCAACCAGUGUGUCUACUCACUCAUAUUCAUCCUUAAUGUUCUUUGGUAGCCAGCACCAUCAUGGCUUCCACAAAACAACUAAACUACAUAUGUUUGGCUUUGCUUUUCAUCUUGGUAGCUUGCACUUCUCAAGCCAUGCCUCGCACUCUCCAAGAUGAGAUGUAUGAGAAGCACGAGCAAUGGAUGGCUAAUUAUGGACGUAUAUAUAAGGACAUUAUUGAGAAGGAGAAACAUUACAAGAUAUUCAAGGAAAAUGUAGCAUACAUAGAAUCUUUCAACAAUGCUGCAAACAAACCUUACAAGCUAAGUGUUAACCAAUUUGCAGAUCUCACAAAUGAGGAUUUCAAAGCCUCACGAAAUAGAUUCAAGGGACAUGAAUGCUCCACAAAGACAACAUCUUUCAAAUAUGAAAAUGUCACUGCCGUGCCUUCCACUUUAGACUGGAGAAAGAAAGGAGCCGUGACACCGAUCAAGGACCAAGGACAAUGUGGUCAGUAUCAAACUCUUUUAGGGAACAAUACUAACCAAAUGUUUUCUUACUCUCUUUUCUUCUUUUUUCUUUAUUUUUUUUUUUUUCAAACAACAGGUUGUUGCUGGGCAUUUUCAGCAGUAGCUGCAACGGAAGGAAUUACUCAGCUAACAACUGGAAAAUUAAUCUCUUUAUCCGAGCAAGAGUUGGUUGACUGUGACACCAGUGGCGUAGAUCAAGGCUGUGAAGGGGGGUUGAUGGACAACGCCUUCCAAUUCAUCCAAGACAAUCACGGCCUCACAACUGAAGCCAGCUACCCCUACACGGGUGUUGAUGGAACCUGCAACACUAACCAAGAAGCAAAACACGCCGCCACAAUUAAUGGGCAUGAAGAUGUGCCUGCUAACAAUGAAAACGCCCUUCUGAAUGCUGUUGCUAGCCAGCCGGUUUCUGUUGCCAUUGAUGCUGGGGGGUCGGAUUUCCAAUUCUAUUCAAGUGGUGUCUUUACCGGAGCCUGUGGCACUAGCCUAGACCAUGGUGUUACUGCUGUUGGGUAUGGGGUAACUAAUGAUGGGUCUAAGUAUUGGCUGGUGAAGAAUUCAUGGGGUACACAAUGGGUUGAAGAGGGGUACGUACGGAUGCAAAGAAAUGUUGCUGCAAAGGAAGGCCUCCGUGGCAUUGCAAUGCAAGCCCCUUACCCCACUGCAUGAAGUUCCAUGCCAGAACAAAGUAUCAAAUUUGAUAUGUAAAAUAUUAUGUGGAUGCUUGUUUCUCAUACUCAUUUGUUCUCAGUCUUGAUUGUUCAUAACCUUGGCAAGAACUAGUUUAAGGUUCAUACCAGAAAUGAGAAUGUAAAAAAAAUCAGUAAUGUUUUUACUCCCAGACAAUCUGGCCAGCGACAUGACUUUCAAGAAUAUCAUUUCCCUAACAACGAGAAAAAAGACAGUAUCUAAAACUUCAUGCAUAUUCAGACAUUCCUCAACACAUUGAGUAUCCAAGAGAAGAAUUUUCUUCAACUAAAGCAAUAGCUAGAAGAGUGGUGAGGGACUUGGGAAUUGAUUCUUUCCAUCAUAUUCCUAACCCCAUAGAAUGGCCAAAGACACGACUUCAAUUUUUCUAUGAACAAUUUAUAACCGAAGGAAUUGGAGAACCGACACUACACUGCACUGAGUAACACUAACACAUUACUAAAAAUCCGAGUCCUACAACAGUAAAUAUAGUAUAUAGAGCCUUUUUUCAUUUCUAUCUUUUAACCUCUUUCUCCGGUUACGCCCAAAGUGUGAGGCCUGCAAUCAAGUUUAGAAGGAUGUUGGUGCAUGAUUAACGUACCUAUGGACUUUGCCUAGACAUACAAAAAGGAAACUACACAAAUCAUUGUAUGGCUUUUGUAAAAACGGAAGGAAAAGUACAUAAUUUUUACACAACGAAGACAACUG